AUGACCCCAGAACCCAUCGCCAUAAUCGGCAGCGCAUGCCGCUUCCCAGGCGACCUGUCCACACCCUCUGACCUCUGGGACUUUCUCCAGAGCCCGCGCGACCUGCAGACCGAGGUCCCCAAGGACCGCUUCAACGCCGAUGCCUUCCACCACGCGGACGGCAGCCACCACGGCCGCACCAACGCGAGGCACGGCUACUUUUUAAACAACGUCAAGACGUUUGAUGCACAAUUCUUCGGCGUCCAGGCCGGCGAGGCCGAGAGCAUGGACCCCCAACAACGGCAGCUGCUCGAGGCCACGUACGACGCGCUCUGCGCCGCCGGCCAGACGCUGGGCGCGCUAAAGGGCUCCGACACGGCCGUGUACGUCGGCAUCAUGACGCACGAUUUCGAGCUCACAAAGGUCGGCGAUCUCGAUGCCAUCCCGACGUACCUGGCCACGGGUGCCGCGACGAGCAUUGCCAGCAAUCGGUUGAGUUAUUUCUUUGACUGGCAUGGACCUAGUAUGACCAUCGACACGGCCUGCAGCUCGUCUCUAGUUGCAGUCCACCACGCCGUGCAGCAGCUGAGGUCAGGCACGAGCAGAGUCGCAGUCGCGGCCGGUGCGAAUUUGAUGCUGUCGCCAUUAAACUUUAUCACGGAAAGCAAACUAUCCAUGCUUUCACCCACAGGGCGGUCACGCAUGUGGGAUGCUGGAGCGGAUGGAUACGCACGAGGAGAGGGAAUCGCGUGCGUCGUGCUCAAAACCCUCUCCCAGGCCCUCGCAGACGGCGAUACGAUCGAGGCCCUGAUCCGCGAGACGGGCGUCGGCCAGGACGGCCGCACUACCGGAAUCACCAUGCCCAGCAACGUCGCGCAAGCAUCGCUCAUCAAGGCGACAUAUGCGCGGGCCGGGCUGGACCUGAAUGAGCCGCAAGGCAGGCCGCAGUUUUUUGAAGCCCACGGAACCGGAACGCCGGCAGGCGACCCGCAAGAAGCAGAGGCCAUCUCCAAAGCCUUCUUCUCCAGCGGGCAGGACAUGCAGGAUCUGUACGUCGGCUCCAUCAAAACGGUCAUCGGGCACACAGAAGGCACGGCCGGCAUCGCCGGGCUGCUGAAAUGCAGCCUUGCCGUGCAGAACGGCAUCGUGCCACCCAACAUGCUGCUGCAAAAACUCAGUCCGCGCGUUGAGCCCUUCACAAAGCACCUGAGGGUGCCAAGGGAGGCGACGCCGUGGCCGGCUGUCCAGGAGGGCCAGCCGAGGAGGGCGAGUGUCAACUCUUUUGGCUUCGGCGGGACAAACGCACAUGCCAUCGUGGAACAAUACAUACCGUCCGCCGCCACACCCACACCCCGCACCGCCACCACCACCUCCGCCAACGUCCUGCCGCUGGUCUUCUCAGCCCGCACCAAGCGCUCGCUAAAGUCGAGCAUGGCCAGCAUCCUCUCCCUCGCCAAGACGGACCCGUCGCUCAGCGUCACAGACCUGGCCUACACGCUGCUGCAGAAGCGCACCGUCCUGCCGCUGCGCCACGCCGUCGCCGCCGCGGACCUGCCGGGCCUCGUCCGCGCCCUCGAGGCCGCCGGCAAGGAGGACGUCGGGGUCGAGCACACACCCAAAAACAGCUCGCCGCGCAUCCUCGGCGUCUUCACGGGCCAGGGCGCGCAGUGGCCCGCCAUGAUGAAGCAGCUCGUGGUGCGCGUGCCGUCGGCGGCCCGCAUCGUCGCCGAGCUCGACGUCAGCCUGCAGACGCUGCCCAAGCAGUAUCGCCCCGGCUGGACGCUGAUGGAGCAGCUGAUGCGCGAGGGCGACGAGUCCAACGUGCGCCUCGCCGCCUACUCGCAGCCGCUGUGCGCCGCCGUCCAGAUCGUCCUGGUGCGGCUGCUCGCGGCGGCCGGCGUCGCCUUUGACGCCAUCGUCGGUCACAGCUCCGGCGAGAUCGGCUGCGCCUUUGCGGCCGGCUACGUCUCUGCCGCCCAGGCCAUCCGCAUCGCCUACCUGCGUGGCUUCACCAGCGUCCACGCCGGACAGGACGGCGCCAUGCUGGCGGCCGGCAUGUCGUUGGACGACGCAAAGGACCUGGUCGAGCUGGAGGACUUUGCGGGCAAGGUGUGCAUCGCCGCGUGCAACUCGCCCGACAGCGUCACUCUAUCAGGCGACCUGGACGCCCUGGAAGCAGUCGUCGAGAUCCUGCAGGACGAAGGCAAGUUCGCCAGGUUGUUGCGCGUGGACAAGGCCUACCACUCCCACCACAUGCUCCCCUGUUCGGAACCGUACAUCGCCGCCCUGGAGGAGUGCGGCUGCGCCACGCCGGACGGCCAGGGCAACGGGGUCAAGUGGUACUCGUCCGUGCACGAAGGGCGGACCAUGGCGGCGGAGCACGUCACGGCGCGAUACUGGUCCGACAACUUGGUGUCGCCGGUGCUUUUCCGCCAGGCCUUGGAGCAGGCCGGGCUCGAAAACACCUUUGACGCGGCCGUCGAGGUCGGUCCGCACCCGACGCUCAAAGCGCCUGCCACCAACACCCUGGCGGCGGUCGGGGCCGAGGACCUGCCCUACACCGGAUGUCUGCAGCGCGGCGGAGACGACGUUGCCGCGCUGGGCGACUGCCUCGGCUACCUGUGGGAGCGCUUCGGCGCCCAGGGUGCCGUCGACGCUGCCAAAUUUGUCGAAGACGUGCACGGCACCAAACCCGUCGACCUGUCCAAGCGUCUCCCGACUUAUAGCUGGGAUCAUUCGAGGGUAUACUGGGCCGAAUCUCGAGCCACGCAGGCGGCGCUGCAUGGACCCCGCCCGCACCUGAUUCUGGGGACCUUGUUGCCCAGCAGUACGGCCACCAGGCUGCAGUGGCGCAACUUUAUCCGCCCGCGCGACCACGAGUGGAUGCAGGGCCACGAGCUGCAGAACCAGGCCGUGUUCCCCGCUGCCGGUUACGUGAUCCUGGCCAUGGAGGGUGCGCUGCACAUUGCUGGCGAUAAGCCCAUCGGGCUGGUGGAGGUGUUGGAUUUGACCAUCGACAAGGCCGUCACGUUCGACGACGCCGACGACAUGGCCGAGUUGACGCUUACUGCAAACAUCACCUCGACCACCACGGAGCAGAUCGAGAUGGACUUUGUGAUCGCGUCCUGCCUAUCCCGCGAGAACAGUCUAUCCGUCUCGGCGCAGGGCAAAAUCGUCGUGACGCUCUCGGAUCCCGUGUCGCUGCCGGCGCCCGGCCCGGCGCCGCCGCACGCCAACCCGGUCGACAUCAAGCUCUUCUACAAGGAGCUCGACUCGGUCGGCUACAGCUACAGCGGCAACUACCGCUGCAUAUACAGCAUGGAGCGCAGCACGGCGCGCGCGGCGGGCCAGAUGGCGCACCAGCGGCUGGCCGACGGCGCGCACCCUCUGGUGCUGCACCCCGCCAACCUGGACCUGGCCUUCCAGACCGUCAUGGCCGCCUACUCGUCGCCCGGCGACAAGCGGCUGCGCUCCAUCUACGUGCCCGUCGGCGUCGACAGGAUCGCGCUGGUGCCUCGCGUCUGCGCCGACACGCUGGACGGGCUCGAGGGCGUGCGGUACAACGCCCUCAACACCUACGACGGGGGCGACCGCCUGUCUGGCGACGUCGAGGUCUUUGACAAGGCCAGCGGUGCCGUCCUGUACACGGUCGAGGGCAUGCACCUCAAGCCGCUGGCGCAGCCCUCCGACGCCGAGGAGCACCGGCCCUUCACCAAGACGGUGUGGGGUCCGUUGGACGCGGAUAAGAUUCUGGACAUCGAGAGGCUUUGGGCCACCGACCAGGACAAGCACGUCAUUCCGAUCAUCGAACGCUGCGUGUACUAUUUUGUGCGCCAGUUCCUGAAGGAAUGCACCGAAGAGGACCGCAAGAAUGCCAGCUUGGGCAACCAGCGGUAUAUCGCCUGGCACGAACACGUGGUCAAGAUUGCGCGCGAGGGCAAGCACCUCUUCUACCAGCCAGAGUGGGAGGAGGACACUGACGAAAUCAUCAACAAAUUGCUCGAAGAGAACUGGUACCACCCCCACCUGCGAUUGGCCAAGCUGGUCAGCGAGAAUUGCUUGUCGACGAUCCGCGAAAACAAGAACCCCUUCAUCUGGAUGGACGAAAACGGGCUCUUGACCGAAUUCUACACAAGCUAUCUGACCAGUGGUCCCACAUGGGAAUACGGUCAGCAUUUGAUAGAGCAAAUUGCCCACCGCUUCCAAAACAUGGACAUUCUCGAAAUUGGUGGUGGAACCGGAUCUGCCACAAAGUCCAUCCUGGCCAUCCCAGAGCUCGGCUUCAACAGCUACACCUUUACCGACAUUUCGGCCGCCUUUUUCGAAAAGGCCAAGGAAAAGUUUGCCCCUUUCCUCGACCGCAUGGACUUUCGCAAGCUGGACAUCACAAAGCCCCCGGCCGAGCAGGGUUUCAAAACUCACGCCUACGACUUGAUCGUCGCCUCGUCCGUGCUGCACGCCACGCCCUGCCUGGCCGAGACCAUGGCCAACGCGCGCACGCUGCUCAAGCCCGGCGGGCACGUCGUCAUCUGCGAGGCCACCAACAAGGACCACAUGCGCGUGGGGUACCUGUUUGGUUCCUUCACGGACUGGUGGGCCGGCUACGACGAGGGCCGCACGCUGGACCCCUUUGCCACGCGGGAGGAGUGGGAUGCCAUCUUCAAAAAGACGGGCUUCAGCGGCAUCGACAGCAUCACCACCGACCGCGAAACCCACCUCUUCCCCAACACCCUGCUCAGCACGCAUGCCAUCACGCCCGAGCAGCUGCGCCUCGAUGCGCCGCUUUCGGCGCCCGUCAAGCCCGAGCAGCCGCAGCUGGUCGUGGUCGGCGGCGGCGAAAAGUCGGCCCCGAUCCUCGCCCAGAUCCGCGAGCUGCUGCCGCACCGCACCCCCGUCGUCGUGCCCAGCCUCGUCGACCUGCCGGACCUGCAGUCCAAGGCGACCUACGUGGUGCUGUCCGAGCUCGACGCCCCCGUCUUUGAGGGCCUGAGCGACGCCAAGCUCGCCGGUCUCAAGAAGCUCUUCUUCGGCUCCUCGGCCGCCGUGCUCUGGCUGACCGAGGACGCCUGGGUGUCCAACCCCGUCCAGGCCAUGGGCAUCGGCACCCUGCGCACGGUGCGUCUCGAGAACCCAGACGUGCCCUUCCAGUCGCUCGACGUCGACAGGCUGGCCGAGCUGGACUGCAAGUUCCUCGUCGAGCAGAUCCUCCGGCUCGAGGAGGGCCUGCCCGAGAACGCCACCUGGACGCUGGAGCCCGAGAUCUGCGUCGUCAACGGCCGCCCGUACAUUCCACGUAUCAAGCAGGACAUGACGAGAAACAACCGCAUGAACUCGACGCGCCGCCCGAUCCUCACAGAAGUCGACGCUGCCGCCGUCCCCGUCGUGCUGCGCGACAGGGAGCUGGUCACGGCCGCGACGUCCCGCCCGCUGGGCGUGCCCCUGGACGCAACCAAGGUGACGGUGCAGGUCCACCACUCCACCGCCAAGGCGAUCCGGGUCUGCGGGCUGGGCUACCUGCACGUGGUCACCGGCACGACGGCCGAGGGCGCCGUGCUCGCCCUGUCGGAGUCCAACGCGUCCGUCGUCACCGUGCCCGCCAAGCAGACUUUCCCCAUCAAGGAUACCACUGCCGCAACGCUGUCGUCGGCGGUGGCGGCGCUCGUCGCACAGAGCAUCGUCGAGGCGCCAAAGGGCUCGUCCGUGCUGGUCUACGCGGCGCCGGCUUUCUGCGUCGACGCCGUCAAGCAGCUCGCCGAGGCCAGGGGCGUAAACGUGCACCUUGCCGGCACCGACUCCUCUAUCCCUGGCAGCAUCGUCCUCCACCCGCGGGACACGAGCCGCGCGCUGAAGCAGAAGCUUCCGGCUGGAAUCGCCUCGCUGUACGACCUGUCCGCCGACGCGUCUGCCAACUCCCUGGGGCAGCGCCUCGUCAGCAUCACCGGGUGUGCGGCCCGGGACGCUGAGUAUAUCGCCCGUGACAGCGCCAGCACAGUCGUCUUCACCGAGUCGCUGGAGGCCGCCCAGCUGCAGCUCGUUGCAGACUGCAUCAGCAAGGCACCGCCCGUCGUCGCUAGCGCCACCAUCACCAGUCCCGCCGACGUCGCCCACCGGGCGCUCGACACGGUCAUCGACUGGCAGGCCACGCCCAAGCUUCCGGCGCGGGUCAGCCCCGUGGACAACGGCACGCUGUUUGUGGACAACAAGACGUACCUGCUGGUUGGUCUAUCGCAGUCCAUGGGCCGCAGCAUCGCGAGCUGGAUCAUCAAACACGGCGGACGUCACGUCGUCUUGUCCAGCAGAAACCCCGAAGCCCCUGAAGCUGAAUGGUUGAGCGAGAUGACGCGGUUGGGCGGGCAGAUAACCGUUCUUGCCAUGGAUGCAUCAAAGGCUGAAUCUGUAGAUGCAGGCUUGGCCAAGCUCAAAGACGAAUUUGGACUGCCACCCGUCGGAGGCAUCGCCUAUGGGCCACUGGUGCUCCGGGAUGCACUGCUGAACAACAUGGACUUGGAAACCAUGGAAAUAGUACUCAGGUCCAAGGUUCCCGGUGCCAAGAUCUUCCACGACCGGUUCAACGAUCCAAAGACAAACCCCCUGGACUUUUUCGUCAUGUUUUCCAGUGCUGCUCUGUUUGGUGGAAACCCAGGGCAAGCCAACUAUACUGCAGCGAACGCGUACUUGCAAUCGCUUGGGCAGUACAGACGAAGCAAGGGUCUUGCUGCCUCCACUAUCCAUAUCGGUGCCGUCAUGGGUAUCGGCUACUUAACUCGCAAUGCACGAGAGGCAGAGUUCCAGGAAAAGUCCGACGUCGACACCCUCGGUGAAGCCGAAUUCUUGAGCUUGUUUGCAGAGGCCGUCGUUUCGGGUCGCAAGGUCGAUGGCGUCGACGGCGUCAGUGCCAAGUCAGUUAUCGACAUGUCCGAGAUCGAGAUUGGUAGCGGUAUUCCCGCCUUUGAAUCCCGUCACAAGGACACUAUCAAAUUCUACCACGACCCUCGAUUCGGCAACCUCAAGACGCCUGAGCAGAGAGGCGAUAGUGCGGACGCUGGUGGCAGCAGGCUGAGUGUGAAGGAAUUGCUCGCUGCUGCGACGACCAUGGAGGAGGUUCAGGAUAUUAUCAGCCAAACCCUGUCCGAGAAAAUGCGCGGCGUGCUUCACAUUCCACCCGAGGAGAGCGUCAACGCAUCUGCGCCAUUGCUUGACCAGGGCAUCGAUUCGCUGGGUGCCAUCACCGUGGCUUCUUGGUUCUCCAAGCAACUGCUGGUCGAAAUCCCAAUCCUACGCGUCUUGUCCGGUGCCUCCAUCGAAGAACUGGCAGCCGAGGGCGCGUCACGCCUGUCGCCCGCCGCCAUCCCCCUCGUUGCAGAUGCCCAAGGUCCCACCGCACCGUCCGAGAGCGGCGCCUCCUCGUCAGAGGACCCCCAGUCGGGUGCCCUGACCCCGCUGACUCCCAUGGUCCAGUCGGACAAGGCCGAAAAGAUCCUCGACGGCGUGCUGCGCCGCGCGCCCAUGUCGCUGAUGCAGGAGUACAGCCACAAGCGGCAGCUUGCCCUGUCCGACGUCACCAUCUCCCACAACACUAUUGGCGUCGUCAUGGAGGGCACCCUGGACACGGCCAAACUCGACGCCGCCGUCACCGCCGCCAUCCAGAGGCACGACAUCUUCCGCACGGCGUUCAAGACCGUCGACGGCGAGAGCAGCCCGCUGCUCAACGUCCUCGCCACCCCCAGCUGGGGCCUGCGCACCGAGGCCGUCGCCUCCCGCGCCGAAGCGGAGGCCGCGUUGGCCGCUUUGCAAAACGAGCCAUAUGACCUGACAGCCGGUGAGACUUUCAAGAUUGUCCUGUUCACCUGGUCGCCGACGUCGCAUUUGUUGGUUUUUGCCUACCACCGUUUGGCAGGCGAUGGUUCCACUACCGAGAAUUUGGUCGCGGAAUUGGCGCAGCUUUAUUCGGGUGCUACUUUGCCACCCGCGCCGCAGUACACCGAUUUUGCCAUCAAGCAGCGAAAGUCGUUUGUUUCUGGUGGUAUGAACGCCGACGUCGCUUAUUGGAAGGCAUUAUACACGCCGGUCCCUUCGCCGCUGGCGUUGCUUCCUCUGCCGGGUGUCAAACAAGACCGUUCCCCGGUGGCCUGGGACCAAUACACGGCGAUAACCCGUCUUUCGCCCGUAAUGGCAUACCGAAUCAAGGAGCGCACCAAGAAACUACGCACCACACCCAUGAACUUCUACCUGGCAGCCUACACCACCCUCCUCUCCGAACUCAGCGGCCAGGACGCCGUAUCGAUCGGUCUGGCCGACACCAACCGCUCGUCGGUGGCGGACCUGUCGACCAUGGGGUACUUUGCCAACCUGCUCCCGCUGCGCCUGAGCCCAUCCGCGGCGUUCAGCGGCACCGUCGAGGCCACCAAGGAGUCGGUCCGACAGGCCAUGGCACACUCUGUAGUGCCGCACGACCUGCUGACUGCGGAGCUCGGCCUGGCCGUGCCGCCCGCCGAGAUGACCUGCGCGCCCCUGUUCCAGGCCGUGUUUGACUACCGCCAGGGCGCGGCCGAAUCUGGCGUCAUCGGCGGUGCCAGCAUCACCGAGGUCAUCGCCAGUCGCGAGAGGACGCCGUACGACGUCGUGCUGGAGAUGAGUGACGACCCAACCAAGGAGCCGCUCAUCACUGUCAAGUUGCAAAAGUCCAUCUACCAGGAGGGAGAUGCCGAGGUGCUCAUGGAGCGCUAUGUUGAGGCUUUGAAAGCGUUCAGUCAGUAA